CUUACACACUCUUCACAUAUCCAACUCAUAUUAAUUAUUUUUAAUUUUAAUAACUUUUUUAUACAUAACAACGCAUAAAUUUUUUGUCUAUGUAUCCCAUAAGCCAUAAACCUGCCGAAUAAUGGAUGAUCGUGUCGGGACCUAUCAACGCACCCGUCGGAAAUUCGCGGCCAUUGUCUAUCUGAUAACAUUUUGCUGGCUCCUGCUGGGUCUGGCCCAAUGGCUGGUCGUGCUUUCAGUUCCCUCGGCCAAGGAUGCGUUCUUGAUCUAUCAUUGGAUGAGUAUCGUAUGCUUCACACUGUCAAUUACAUUGGCCCUUCUCUUCAUAUUCUUCGAGGCAGCUCGCUUUGUCACAUGUGUGAAUUGGCUUAUAACCAUCCUAAUCGUACAGUUUGCUGUUAUGGGCCUGUUUGCGCUGGUCGCUAACUCUUCGUGGCCGGAACUUCUCAUGUGGUUUGCGAUUUGCGCCCUGCUGCUCUUCAUCUUCGUACUAUUGGGAUCUGUAAUACCGCACGAUCUGACGCUGGAUGUUGUUAUAUUGUUUGUGAUAUCCUUUGUCUUCCUCAUUGUGUCGGUCUUCCUGAUUAUGCUGCACCUACUGACGCUCACAGCUCACUCCUUCAUCCUCUACCAGCUAUUUGUCAGCGUCAUCAUUCUGACGUUUGUCAUGUACCACGCGCAGACUAUUAACGGCGGUCGCUUUGCGGAAAUGCGCGUCAAUGAUUAUCUUCUGGCCUCGAUCAUACUCUUCUACGAUUUUGGCGUCAUGUUUCUCUUGACAUUCUAUAUGCAGAUCCACUAUAAGAUCGCCACGAUUAAUCAGGCCGGGUCUACGACGAUGGCUCCAGACGACAGAAACACCACAAGCAACAGUACAUCUCCGGUUGAUUUAUUUUAAAUUGAUUUCAUAUAAAUUGUACGACAUGCAGCCAUGCAGAUUACACCCACCAGCAAAUGUACACGAUCAUAUGUAUCAAGUCUCUAAUAAUAAUGUCCAAAGCGUUAGAUAUUCAAA